UCGUCAGUCGUGCCUGUCAUACUGAAUUCGUUUUCGCAGCAGCGCGCAGGUGACUUGGCUGUGUCCAGCAAACGCCGGUCGAAUAUAAAAGUGAUCUCUCCAACACGGGGCAAACGGCAAAGAUUCAGACAGAAUGGUAAACGCAAAUAUAUUACACGCCAAAAAGAUGACGACAUAAAAACACAAAAGCAAGUGGAAAACUAUUGGCCGAGAAAAACGAAACGGCGAAACGAACAGUUGCUAUCAGUUACAAAUCCAGUGCGCUGCAAGCAAACCAUCCAAAGUGCGAACCCCGUUUGACCCGCGAAGAACAGAGAGCAGAGUUAAGGAUAAUCGCAAAAUAUCUUGAAAAGUCCUAUCCAAAGUCCUGACGACACGGACAAGUCCGGAAAAUUGACCCCAAAGAAAAAAGACCUCACCGCAAUUCCACUUCCCCAGCACAUACUAGUCCGCAGCAGGGGAAAAACUGCUCAUGUGUGUUAAGUGUGCGUGUGUUUUUGUGUGAGUGUGUGUCUUGGGACGUCGUUUUCCACCAUCAGAGGACAUAGAAAGGCUCGUCAGAGAGUGAGCAAAAGAGAGAAAGCUACACCGAGAGCGAUAAAGAGUGGAAUAGGAAAGACUUUUCAUGUACAAUAAGUAGUAUUACAUACAUCAGAGUAAGGCAAGCAACUGUUACGUCUCCAACAUUCGUUCGACAGCCACAGUCAGAACCAGAUUGUACAUCUUGCGCUAAGGCAAACCCCUGUGAAACAACCGACGCAAUCGAAGAAGCUAUCAGCCGUGAUAUCUGGUAAAAAAAGUGAUUAAACCGAAGAACACAAGCAAGCAAAACCAUUUGCUAGACAUUCCCAAAGCUUUCACCCUCGGUAGUGAGGGGUGGUAACAGGCGUCAAACAGGAACGAAUGAAGAGAGAAAUUAGGAUAAUUUAAAUACAACUGCUUCAUAACUAGAACCCUAAAGCUAAGCUAGAGACAGUAGUGUGAAUGUGAGCCCGUGAAAUAACUGUUCGUUUAGAGAUAAAGCUGCAGAAAAAAAGCUCGAAGAAAAGUAGUGCCGCGAGCAAAUUGACACAUCUUUGAGGCAUUGCCAGGAUCGAUCAAGAAGGUAGCUUCGUGUUUGUGUCAUCAUCCGUGCUUUCCAAUUCGUGCGUUUGUGUGGUUGUGAUAAGGCCAUAGAAAACUUUCCAGUGUAGACGAGAAAAUUUUGCGCUCUCUCCCGUUUUUCCGAUCGAGAGCGUAAGCUUCACAGAGCGUGAGAGCGAGAGAAGGUUCAGACAAAGAGAGUGAGUUGAUAGUUUGGUGGAAUCACCCCGAAAGGAUUUCCCUUUCGACGCCGGAACGAAAGCGACACGAGGGGUAACGGACGAGGCAGCGCGGCACGGUGUGGUGGUUCGUGUUUCCACGAUUCUGGAACAAGGCUAGUGGACUCGACUCGGUGUCACUGUGUUAGUCGUGAGCGAUAAAGUGCAUAGACAGGACACGCAGUUACGGGUGUGUUCCUCUUUCGAAAAAAGAGCAAAGAAAUAUCCGACCAUCACUGAUCUACUGCUACUGCUGCCUGGCAAGCAUCUUUAUCAUCAAGAAGUGUCCUGUGUGUGUGUCCUUCUCGAGCGAAGCUAAACAACGGCUGCGCUCCAACCAUUCGCCAUCACUGUACUCAGUGGACAAAGACUCGCAAGAACACGGUCGGUCGGUGGAGAAAGUAAAGCACACAGCAUUUUCUAGAGCUUACUGCGUAUUUCGCAUACUUUGUCUCGCCCCGUUGCCACGGAGAGUGACUGACCCGUUAUCCUGAAAGUGACCUAUUGCGAGAAGCUGCGCAAAAAGCGUCCACCCUUUCGUGUACCGUGCACAACAAGCAGCUGCCAUCUUUGCUGGUGUAGGACGUUAUUCUAUUUCUGCCAGUGAGCUUUGAGUGAACAAAUCGAACGCCAGGAAGGACGGGCCAGCAUGGAUCAGGACCAGGAUCUGGUGGCACCGAUGGAGGUGAACGGGGGCGAUGAGCAGCAGGGCGGCAGCAUCGACAUCGGGGCAGGGUCCGAUGGGCCACCGAGCAUUAUCGGUGUCGGUCCGCCGAGCCCACUUACCGGGUGCUAUCUGUUGAUUGUCAUCGGUGAGCCACACUCGCAGGACCAUAAGGAUAUCAUUCUCCAACGGCUUAUCAAAGGCUUCCUGUCAUGGGAUGUCGUCGAUUGCCAUGUCGACUUGGAGGACGAGCUGCAUACAAUCACGUUGCAGGCAUUGGAGGGAGAGGAAGGCAAGCAUGGUGAACGAUUGAUUCAGUAUGCCAGCGAAAAUCUGGUUACUGAAAUAUUGAUUCAUCCACAAGUCAACACCUUCAUCCAGUGCAUUCGGAAUCUGCUGAGUAGCUUCACCCGGCACCGCCACAUCAUCCACACCGGAUACACCUUCUCAGGAAACGGGUCGUGGAUAUUACAGGAUGGAACUUUUUCAGUGAUGGAUUUCAUGGAAGCAUUCCAGGAGCACGAGGUGCAACGCGUGCUCCGUGCCUAUCCUGAAACGAUCACGAUGGACAUUCAUUGUGCGCCCGUAGGACAGUGGCACAUGAUUCAGGAAAAGUCCUUCUCACGGCUCUGUCGGCUGCGUUUGAAUCCGGUCGACGUACUGGACUCGGGCAGUGAAAGGUUGAACUCUUUUGUCGCUUAUCUGUCGUCGAUGAUCAUACCGACGGAAAUUUCGGAGCUGCUGGAAAGCUCUGACGUUGUUGGAAACAUCCGUUUCAGCCACCCGACGCUGUACGUCUUCCCAGGAGGCCAGGGAGAUGCAGCACUGUUUGGCAUUAAUGGCUUCAACAUGUUAGUUGAUGGAGGGUUCAGCCGCAAAUCCUGUUUCUGGGACUUUGUGCGCCACCUAGAUCGUCUGGAUGCGGUGCUGAUGACGCGCAUCAACAAUACCAACAUCAAGGGCAUCUCGUCCGUGGUUGAGCGCAAGAGCGAGGCGCACGUCUACCCACAGAUAGGACAUUUCUUCGGCAACAUUCCUGAGCGCAAGGGGCUGCCGAGUCCGGACGGUGAUAAGGAUCGUGACCCACUGCUGGUGGAUAUACUGCAGGAGGGCCACCAAAUCGUGACGAAUCUGAAAUCGUUAAACUUGAAGGCACAAAACUGCUACCGUGAUGCGGAGCCGAUCAAUCUGUAUCAUAAGGUGGGCCAUGGAACGCUCGAUAUGUACGUUAUCAGUCCGGCCCGAGAUUCGCGCGAGGUGAAGGACUUUCUGGCACGCUGGGCCGCGGCCGACCAGCGGCUGUUUACGAAAGAGGCGAAGGAUGGAAAAGACUUUGCCUUCCCGUUGCAAAAUCUGAUCUCUAUCUGCGCGCUGCUGGUGUGGACGCCAGCCAACCCGGAAGACAAUAUUACACGCAUUCUCUUCCCGGGGUCGGCACCUGAGUACAAGAUCCUUGAGGGAUUGGAGAAGAUGAAGAAUGUCGAGUUUAUGCGACAGCCAGUGUGCCCGGUCAAGUCAAUCACGGCCAACCUCUCAACACCAGUGCUAGUGACGAAGAAGAGCCUGAAGUCGGCCUCGACUGAUCGGAUUAUCGCGGAACCCCUACAUCCGUCCAAGCCCAAGGACAACAAACUGAUUGACAACAAAAUGAGAAUGAUGCAUGCCGAUAACAAGCUGGCCAGCGAUGGAAUGGAUAGCUCUGCGGACGAGAUCAAAAUGGAAAAGCAACUGUCCAAGACAGCGGCCUCGACGACUGUUGCUUCGGCCCGGAUCGAAAGCAAACCCAAAGCUAUUCGUUCUGGCAAACCGAUUACCACAGCCGAGAAGAAACUUGACAACAAGAAGCUCGACCAGCAGGACGAAAAGAAAGACUCCAUCUCAGACGUGAGCUCGGACAAAGAGGAUGCACUAUCCAUCGACAAAUCAAAACCCGUGGCCGUGGACAGUGAAAAGAGCCUCGAUGAAGCGAUCGACGCGCCCGAAAAGAAGGAGGAGGUCGAUGCUGCCAAACCAGAGCUGGAUGCGAAGGAAAAGAAGAAGGACGAUACAUCCCCAGCUGGAGCUGACACCGGUGGCAUGGCGACAAAACCGACCAGGAAACCUCCUACGUCACGCACCGUUACUUCAUCGACCGCCAGAUCCAGGGUGGACACAGCAAGCAAAACGUCCAAGCCUUCGGUCGAUAGAAAGCCUGCAGUCAGGAAACAAACAGAAGCAAAUAAAUCCUCACCAACAACACCGAAAAAGACGAGUUCCAUCGAAGCAAAGCUUACCAAUGGCAGUGCCACCAAAGCGGAACAGGGCGAAGAUGUGAAAAAGGCCGUCGGAAAGUCAACUGCAGCCAAAGUGGGCCCAACCUUAGGAUCAAAACCAGGCAAAUCUAGUCCGAAAGCUACUCCAGCGAAAAGUGCGAAGGAUGAAAACAACCGCAAGGUCCUCGAGGCAAGACAGCGUCCAACUAUGGCUGCCAAGCGUGAGGCUCGAAAAGAUCAGGAAAAGAAGGAAACUGCUCCAGCAAAGCAAACGGAGCGUAAGCCCAUCUCGCGACGACCGAAGGGCACCAUUUCGACAUCUUCCAGCGCAAUGAACGCUGGUGGUAGUCCUGUCAAGGCCAAGAAGGUGCUCAAGUCGGAAAAGGAUGCAGUCAUCAGGAAGGCCAAGCUGGACAAGAGUGGUACUACCGAUUCGAGUCUCGUGUCAACGCCAAGCGCCGACGAAGGCGGUGUGCCCAUUCCCAAGCGACCGAUUGGAGUUGCUAUUCCAGAUGUCGCUCCUGGAGAUACCGAGACGCUGGAAGCUAUCAAGAAACAGCAGCAACUGGCCGAGCUCAAGGAAGAACAGGAAGCGGUGCGUGAGAUUGAAGCCGUGUUUAACCGCGAUCAGGCUGCACAGAAAGCUCUCAAACACCGAGAGCUUGCACUCACCGAGGAGCAUCGCGAAGUGCAGGACAGUGCCACCGAGCCGGAAGAAGAGGAGGAAUAUCUUAUCAUUGAAAAGGAAGAACAGUACACCGAGGACUCGAUCAAUGAGCCGGAGAGCAGUGCCACCAAAGAGGAAGAAAUUCAGAAACAUCAGCGCGAUUCGCAAGAGUCCGAAAAACGGAAGCGCGACAGUUUGGAAGAAGAGAAAGAGGAAAAGGUGGAUGCGGAUAAGGUUGUUGUUGUUGAGACGGCUGCCGAGGAGGAUGCCGCUGAAAGUGAAAAGCCGGAUGACGAUCAACCGCAUCAGGAAGAGGAGGAAGAUGUCGAAGCCAGUGCCCCGGCCGAGGAGCGACCUGACGACAAGGAAAGGCUUUCGCCCAAGCACAAACAAGAGCUCGAGGAGGAGGUGCAGGAUAUUAUCGCAUCAGCGAAGGAAAUCGCCAAAUCCAAGAUGGAAACCUCGAUGGACGGGCUGAAGACAGAGGAGAUCUCAUCCUUUAGCCCGGAUGAAAAAAUGAGCAGCACGAAAAAGACCAGCGACACUCGGGACGAGGAGCAGGAACUACCGAUCGGCCAUCCAAAAGACCAUAUCGAUCCCCCUCACCACGAGAGCCACCACGAGGAGCGUGUUUCGGCAACCGUCGAGUCUGGUGCGACAACGACUGCUCCAACACUUCCCGAAGACGAACGCAUACCCCUUGACGAAAUCAAGGAAGAUCUCGUGAUCGAAGAAAAGCACGUCAAGGAGGAAACAAAGGAAAUCGAAGUGGCAUCGACGAUACCAGUGGCGUCUGCUGCAGCAAUCCCAAUCGAGCAACCGAUGGGACCGGUAGUGGCAACGGAGGAAGUGCCCACUGCGGCAGCUCCAUUGAAAACAGUUUAUGAGCCACUGGAACGACCGAUACCGGCUAAGAUGCAGUUCAGCGCACAGCAGGCCCAUAUGCGCGAUGUGGUGAAAACACCGGAUGAGGUUGCCGAUCUGCCGGUGCAUGAGGAGGCCGAUCUCGAGGAGGAUUACGGCGAGGAUAAGGAUAAGGAUAGUAAAGAAGAUGAGGAUAAGGACCGUGAUACGAAAGAGAAGCCAGAGGAGGAACCGAUCGUCGCAGUCUCUACGACAAUCGUGUCAUCGACACUGGCGGCGAUAGAGACUGAAGUUAAGCAACCUGAGAAGACUGAUCAAGAAAGGCAUGUAGCGGAUAAGUCAGUUGAAAGUGAUAAACCAUGUGAUACGUCAAAGAAACCAACUGAAGUGGAGGAAGUGUUCGAGAAAAUGCAAAGAGACACCCUGCUGGACAAGCCGCCAAAAUCUGACGCACAGGACAUAGAACAACAGGAUGCUUCAAAACCACUGCUCAUGGACGAUGCCAUUUUGAGGGAUUUGGAGUCACAAAUAAUCCCAGUAGACGAUAAGCUCGAAAGUGCCGUAAAGGUGCAGCAACAGCAUCAGGUUAAACCUGACAGCAAGUUGCCAGCAGAAGCAACCGAUCAAGAUAAGCAUGAAGCUGAUGAAGACGAAACGAACAAGGUCCCAGUGGAGGAAGAGUUGAUCGUCGCACAAAAAGUAGUACCUAAGGUUCCUGAACCACCACAAACCGUAGCGUCGGUGUUGGAUGAAAUCUGGCAAACACCAUCAAAGGUCGAGGAAAAAUUGGACGAGUUGAAACAUCUAAUCGACGACAAAGCGAAGAGCACCGUGUCUGAUCUAGUGGCCAUCAAGGACACUAUGGUGAAAACUGUUGCCGAACGGAAGGAGGAAAUCAUCGAUACCGUUGUAGUAGAGGUCAAGGAUGCGGAUCAAAAAGUAAAAGAGAUCCUUGAAGACGCUGGCAAAGAAGUGGAACAAAUGGUUGUUCAAACUGCACAAGAGGUGGUAAAAGGUAUUACCGAUAAAGCUGACUCCGUGCUUGACGAUCUGCAAGCUAAGACCAAGCUGAUCGACGAUGAACUAACAGCCACCACUUCUAAGAUGGACGCGAAAGUGGAUUCCGUAGUCCAAGAGGUUUCGCAAGCUGCUACAAAGGUAGAUGAAACGCUGGUCAACAUCGCAGCAGAAACGAGCGAACUGGAAAAGCUAGCGAAAGAUCUCAAACAAGAUGUUAUCAGCCAGCUGGAUAGUACCAAACAACAGCUCGAACAAGACCUUACGAAAGAGGUAGAAAAGGUGCAAGACAAAGCGAAAACUGGCAUUAGCUCUUUCUUCGGAAGCAUCACGGAAGGCAUUAAAAGUGGAAUCGAGAAAAUGGCAGACAAAGUGGAACACAAGAUCAAAGAUAAAACCGAGGAAGUUGAAGUCAAAUUGCAACAAGUCACAGAAAAAAUUGACAGUCUCCAAAUGGAGCGCAAUUUAGAAUCGGUCGCAGCAGCACACCAAGAGUCGGAACAACAAGCAUACGAUCGAUUUGGAGGCCCUUACGAGCGAAGCUAUACCCAGGAGUUGCGUGAAACGCAUAUUACGACACUCGAUUCUCCGGUCUCAGAUGGGGAUAAGCUAAAUAUGGAAUUGAAAUCCAUGGUUAACAUUCCGCAAGAUAUCGACGAAGACAAGGAGCUCGAAGAGCUGGAGGCUAACAAAAACAUGGGUUCAUUUGUGAUCGAGGACAUCAAGUACAGUGCUUUUGAUGAUGCUAAUCUGCGCGAGAUCAAAGAGGAGGAAGAGGAAGAUCGGGUUUCUCCACCACAAGGAGCCUCGGAGAAGCUUGACCCAGUCAUUGGCAUGAUGCCACCACGCGCGCGUACUCCGGAAGAUGUGGCCAAGAUUGUGGCCAAUGUAGCGGAAGUCUUGAAGUCCGAUAAGGACUUAGAGGAAAUCAUUCCUGGUUUUGAUCCUCAGGAGCUAGAGCGAAAGCUUUCCCAAGGUGCUGCGCGUGAGGAAGAUGUAGGCACAGUACAGCGAAUGCUCGUUACGGCCAGCAGCGAAGAUGGUGGCGAAGAGACGGUCAUUUGUGCCGACGGAACUAUCACAUUCUCAAAGUCAGCUACGCCAGAACCCAUUCAGGGUUCCGGCACGACUACUCCUGAGAUUAAGGUGCAGGAGGAGAAUGAAGACGAAGAGGAUGACGCCGAGUCGCAUAUGCCCACAAAGGAUGCUACUGACGUGAAGCGAACAGGAGAUGAAAAGGGAAGCCCUGCAUCGUCAGGCAAAUCGUCGCCAGAUCUAAAAACAUCUCCCACAUCAAUCGAAGAGAAGGACAAACACGAAUUGCCUGAAAAGUUGGUUCAGGUCGAGGUGGCAAAACCAAAGAUGCCUGAAGAAACUAUUGGCAUGGUGAGCGAUAUCCGUAAGGAAUCGUUAGCCGAUCAUCAAACAUACGAUCAAAUCGAUGAUACAAGACGUGAGUCCGCCAUUAGUACAUUCAGCGAGCGAGAUUAUACCAAGGAUGAAAGCUCUUUCGUCGAUGAACGUGAUUCGUCUCGGGCGCAUUCGAUAUCAAGUCACAUCAGUGAUCUAAAAGAAGACCCAACCGAUCUAAAAUCAGUGGCAGACUUUUUAAAGGAAUCUGAAAAAGAUCACGAUCAAGUAUUUGUUGAAACAGACGGCAAAAUGAAGGAGCUUUCUAGUCCUGAAUCCAUUACAAGUCAGAAAACGGUAUCAGAGAAGGAUCAGAUUGUUGUAGGCGGAACUGCUGCCACAUCAAUUGAGCCAGCUGCUGCAUCCGAUAUGACUAUUGAUGCUAAAGCACAGGUCGAAACGGGUGAGUUUUCUCGUCCAGAAUCUCCAGCAAGUGUGGGAGACACUGGCCUUCCAGAAUCGACAGUGCCACAUAGCACAACCAAAGAUGUUCACGAACAACCCAUUCAAAUGCGACAACAGUUGAAAGAAUCUGCAUCAUUGGAUCUCGCAGAAGAACUGCAGGAAGAAACAAGUUUUUCUCGUCCUGCAUCACCAGCUAGCGCCGAAGAUAUAUCUCGUCCUGCUUCUGCUGCAAGUGGACCAGCUGACAAGGCUCCGUCUGAGAAGUCCGUCGAUUUGAAGGCUGAGACCAAGGAGGAGUCCCGUCCUGCUUCUGCUGCAAGUGGACCAGCUGACAAGGCUCCGUCUGAUAAGUCCGUCGAUCUCAAAGCUGAUGACAAGGAGGAGUCCCGACCUGCUUCUGCUGCAAGUGGACCAGCUGACAAGGCUCCGUCUGAGAAGUCCGUCGAUCUCAAGACUGAUGCCAACGAGGAGUCCCGACCUGCUUCUGCUGCAAGUGGACCAGCUGACAAGGCUCCGUCUGAAAUGUCCGUCGAUCUCAAGGCUGAGACCAAGGAGGAGUCUCGACCUGCUUCUGCUGCAAGUGGACCAGCUGACAAGGCUCGGUCUGAGAAGUCAGUUGAGCUGAAAGCAGAUGACAAGGAGGAGUCCCGUCCUGCUUCUGCUGCAAGUGGACCAGCUGACAAGGCUCCGUCUGAGAAGUCCGUCGAUCUCAAGGCUGAGACCAAGGAGGAGUCCCGACCUGCUUCUGCUGCAAGUGGACCAGCUGACAAGGCUCCGUCUGAGAAGUCCGUCGAUCUCAAGACUGAUGCCAACGAGGAGUCCCGACCUGCUUCUGCUGCAAGUGGACCAGCUGACAAGGCUCCGUCUGAGAUGUCCGUCGAUCUCAAGGCUGAGACCAAGGAGGAGUCUCGACCUGCUUCUGCUGCAAGUGGACCAGCUGACAAGGCUCCGUCUGAGAAGUCCGAUGAGCUGAAGGCUGAUGCCAAGGAGGAGUCUCGUCCUGCUUCUGUUGCAAGUGGACCAGCUGACAAGGCUCCGUCUGAGAAGUCCGUCGAUCUCAAGGCUGAUGACAAGGAGGAGUCCCGUCCUGCUUCUGCUGCAAGUGGACCAGCUGACAAGGCUCCGUCUGAGAAGUCUGUCGGGCUGAAAGCUGAUGAUAAGGAGGAGUCCUGUCCUGCUUCUGCUGCAAGUGGACCAGCUGACAAGGCUCCGUCUGAGAUGUCCAUCGAUCUCAAGGCUGAGACCAAGGAGGAGUCCCGUCCUGCUUCUGCUGCAAGUGGACCUGCUGACAAGGCUCCGUCUGAGAAGUCCGUCGAUCUCAAGGCUGAGACCAAGGAGGAGUCUCGACCUGCUUCGGCUGCAAGUGGACCAGCUGACAAGGCUCCAUCUGAUAAGUCCGAUGAGCUGAAGGCUGAUGCUAAGGAGGAGUCUCGUCCUGCUUCUGCUGCAAGUGGACCAGCUGACAAGGCUCCGUCUGAGAAGACCGUCGAUCUCAAAGCUGAUGACAAGGAGGAGUCCCGACCUGCUUCUGCUGCAAGUGGACCUGCUGACAAGGCUCCGUCUGAGAAGUCCGUCGAUCUCAAGGCUGAGACCAAGGAGGAGUCCCGACCUGCUUCUGCUGCAAGUGAACCUGCUGACAAGGCUCCGUCUGAGAAGUCCGUCGAUCUCAAGGCUGAUGCCAAGGAGGAGUCCCGUCCUGCUUCUGCUGCAAGUGGACCUGCUGACAAGGCUCCGUCUGAGAAGUUCGUCGAUCUCAAGGCUGAUGCAAAGGAGGAGUCCCGACCUGCUUCUGCUGCAAGUGGACCAGUUGACAAGGCUCCGUCUGAGAAGUCCGUCGAUCUCAAGGCUGAUGCCAAGGAGGAGUCCCGACCUGCUUCUGCUGCAAGUGGACCAGCUGAUAAGGCUCCGUCUGAGAAGUCCGUCGAUCUCAAGGCUGAUGCCAAGGAGGAGUCUCGUCCUGCUUCUGCUGCAAGUGGACCAGCUGACAAGGCUCCGUCUGAGAAGUCCGUCGAUUUCAAGACUGAUGCCAACGAGGAGUCUCGUCCUGCUUCUGCUGCAAGUGGACCAGCUGACAAGGCUCCGUCUGAGAAGUCCGUCGAUCUCAAGGCUGAGACCAAGGAGGAGUCCCGACCUGCUUCUGCUGCAAGUGGACCAGCUGACAAGGCUCCGUCUGAGAAGUCCGAUGAGCUGAAGGCUGAUGCCAAGGAGGAGUCCCGACCUGCUUCUGCUGCAAGUGGACCAGCUGACAAGGCUCCGUCUGAGAAGUCCGUCGAUCUCAAGGCUGAUGCAAAGGAGGAGUCCCGACCUGCUUCUGCUGCAAGUGGACCAGCUGACAAGGCUCCGUCUGAGAAGUCCGUCGAUCUCAAGGCUGAUGACAAGGAGGAGUCCCGACCAGCUUCUGCUGCAAGUGGACCAGCUGACAGGGCUCCGUCUGAGAAGUCCGUCGAUCUCAAGGUAGAUACCAAGGAGGAGUCCCGACCAGCUUCUUCUGCAAGUGGACCAGCUGACAAGGCUCCGUCUGAGAAGUUCGUCGAUCUCAAGGCUGAUGCCAAGGAGGAGUCUCGUCCUGCUUCUGCUGCAAGUGGACCUGCUGACAAGGCUCCGUCUGAGAAGUCCGCCGAUCUCAAGCCUGAGACCAAGGAGGAGUCCCGACCUGCUUCUGCUGCGAGUGGACCAGCUAAUAAGGCUCCGUCUGAGAAGUCCGUCGAUCUCAAGGCUGAUGACAAGGAGGAGUGUCGACCAGCUUCUGCUGCAAGUGGACCAGCUGACAAGGCUCCGUCUGAGAAGUCCGUCGAUCUCAAGGCUGAUGCCAAGGAGGAGUCCCGACCUGCUUCUGCUGCAAGUGGAUCAGCUGACAAGGCUCCGUCUGAUAAGUCCGAUGAGCUGAAGGCUGAUGCCAAGGAGGAGUCCCGACCUGCUUCUGCUGCAAGUGGACCAGCUGACAAGGCUCUGUCUGAGAAGUCCGUCGAUCUCAAGGCUGAGACCAAGGAGGAGUCCCGUCCUGCUUCUGCUGCAAGUGGACCAGCUGACAAGGCUCCGUCUGAUAAGUCCGAUAAGCUGAAGGCUGAUGCCAAGGAGGAGUCCCGACCUGCUUCUGCUGCAAGUGAACCAGCUGACAAGGCUCCGUCUGAGAAGUCCGUCGAUCUCAAGGCUGAUGACAAGGAAGAGUCCCGACCUGCUUCUGCUGCGAGUGGACCAGCUGACAAGGCUCCGUCUGAGAAGUCCAUCGAUCUCAAGGCUGAGACCAAGGAGGAGUCCCGACCUGCUUCUGCUGCAAGUGGACCAGCUGACAAGGCUCCGUCUGAGAAGUCCGUCGAUCUCAAGGCUGAUGCCAAGGAGGAGUCCCGUCCUGCUUCUGCUGCAAGUGGAUCAGCUGACAAGGCUCCGUCUGAGAAGUCCGUCGAUCUCAAGGCUGAUGACAAGGAGGAGUCCCGACCUGCUUCUGCUGCAAGUGGACCAGCUGACAAGGCUCUGUCUGAGAAGUCCGUCGAUCUCAAGGCUGAGACCAAGGAAGAGUCCCGACCAGCUUCUGCUGCAAGUGGACCAGCUGACAAGGCUCCGUCUGAGAAGUCCAUCGAUCUCAAGGCUGAUGCCAAGGAGGAGUCCCGACCUGCUUCUGCUGCAAGUGGAUCAGCUGAUAAGGCUCCGUCUGAGAAGUCCGUCGAUCUCAAGGCUGAUGACAAGGAGGAGUCUCGUCCUGCUUCUGCUGCAAGUGGACCAGCUGACAAGGCUCCGUCUGAGAAGUCCGUCGAUCUCAAAGCUGAUGACAAGGAAGAGUCCCGUCCUGCUUCUGCUGCAAGUGGACCUGCUGACAAGGCUCCGUCUGAGAUGUCCGUUGAUUUCAAAUCUGAGACCAAGGAGGAGUCCCGUCCUGCUUCUGCUGCAAGUGGACCAGCUGACAAGGCUCCGUCUGAGAAGUCCGUCGAUCUCAAGGCUGAUGCCAAGGAGGAGUCCCGACCUGCUUCUGCUGCAAGUGGACCAGCUGACAAGGCUCUAUCUGAUAAGUCCGAUGAGCUGAAGGCAGAUGCCAAGGAGGAGUCCCGACCUGCUUCUGCUGCAAGUGGACCAGCUGACAAGGCUCCGUCUGAGAAGUCCGUCGAUCUCAAGGCUGAUGCCAAGGAGGAGUCCCGACCUGCUUCUGCUGCAAGUGGACCAGCUGACAAGGCUCCAUCUGAUAAGUUUGAUGAGCUGAAGGCUGAUGCCAAGGAGGAGUCUCGUCCUGCUUCUGCUGCAAGUGGACCAGCUGACAAGGCUCCGUCUGAGAAGUCCGUCGAUCUCAAGGCUGAGACCAAGGAGGAGUCUCGUCCUGCUUCUGCUGCAAGUGGACCAGCUGACAAGGCUCCGUCUGAUAAGUCCGAUGAGCUGAAGGCUGAUGCCAAGGAGGAGUUUCGUCCUGCUUCUGCUGCAAGUGGACUAGUUGACAAGGCUCCGUCUGAGAAGUCCAUCGAUCUCAAGGCUGAGACCAAGGAGGAGUCUCGACCUGCUUCUGCUGCGAGUGGAUCAGCUGACAAGGCUCCGUCUGAGAAGUCCAUCGAGCUGAAGGCUGAUGACAAGGAAGAGUCCCGACCUGCUUCUGCUGCAAGUGGACCAGCUGAUAAGGCUCCCUCUGAGAAGUCCAAUGAGCUGAAGGCUGAUGACAAGGAGGAGUCCCGACCUGCUUCUGCUGCAAGUGGACUAGCUGACAAAGCUCCGUCUGAGAAGUCCAUCGAUCUCAAGGCUGAGACCAAGGAGGAGUCCCGACCUGCUUCUGCUGCAAGUGGACCUGCUGACAAGGCUCCGUCUGAUAAAUCCGAUAAGCUGAAGGCUGAUGCCAAAGAGGAGUCCCGACCUGCUUCUGCUGCAAGUGGACCAGCUGACAAGGCUCCGUCUGAGAAGUCCGUCGAUCUCAAGGCUGAUGACAAGGAGGAGUCCCGACCUGCUUCUGCUGCAAGUGGACCAGCUGACAAGGCUCCGUCUGAGAAGUCCAUCGAUCUCAAGGCUGAGACCAAGGAGGAGUCCCGACCUGCUUCUGCUGCAAGUGGACCAGCUGACAAGGCUCCGUCUGAGAAGUCCGUCGAUCUCAAGGCUGAUGACAAGGAGGAAUCCCGACCAGCUUCUGCUGCAAGUGGACCAGCUGACAAGGCUCCGUCUGAGAAGUCCGUCGAUCUCAAGGCUGAUGACAAGGAAGAGUCCCGACCUGCUUCUGCUGUAAGUGGACCAGCUGACAAGGCUCCGUCUGAGAAGUCCAUCGAUCUCAAGGCUGAGACCAAGGAGGAGUCCCGACCUGCUUCUGCUGCAAGUGGACCAGCUGACAAGGCUCCGUCUAAGAAGUCCGUCGAUCUCAAGGCUGAUGACAAGGAGGAGUCCCGACCUGCUUCUGCUGCAAGUGGACCAGCAGACAAGGCUCGGUCUGAGAAGUCCGUUGAGCUGAAAGCUGAUGACAAGGAGGAGUCCCGUCCUGCUUCUGCUGCAAGUGGACCAGCUGACAAGGCUCCGUCUGAAAAGUCCGUCGAUCUCAAGGCAGAUGCCAAACAAGAGUCCCGACCUGCUUCUAGUGCAAGUCUAACUAGUGACAAAGCACCAUCAGACAAAUCGGUUGAUCAUAAAACCGAUGUGGAAACAUCCUGUGCAUCCUCAUUUAUGAAAUUUGAGGAGUCUUUAUCGCGCCGAGAAUCAUCCACUACCACCAAAGACGAACGCCCUGCUUCAGCAAUGAGCGAUGGUGAAGAAGAUGACUUCGAGACAAAAGUGGUUAUGAAGGAAACCCGAUCCAAAUCUAUGUCAGCCGUGGCCACAUCUUCUGUACAACGUUCCGGAUUUGAAGGUAGCACAUUGGGAGUACUAGAAGAAUCGGUCAUAUCUUCCCGUGACGAUCUUGAUACAUUGCGCAGCCCUCGUGAUAGUGUAACAAAAAUAGAUCCCACGUUCGUCCCACACCAAUCGGAGCGAGCCAUGGUAAAGUCUUUUAAGCCAUUGUUUAGUGACAAUCCACAGUUCCCGGGAGAGAAGGAUGAUAUACACAAGCCAGAUGCAACGAGUACGUUCCCAAAAUGCGGCCUGGACAGUACCGAAAGCCCUGAACAUGGCGCAUCUAUUGCCAAAGGCAUGGAUCAGCUACUAAAAGAUACAGUCACCUCCAUGAAAGAAAUUGAAAAGAUGACUUCCACUGUCAUUUCCUCCACGGUCUCUAAAAAGGAGGAAUCAACAACAGAAGGCAAGACCACUGGAACAUCCACCAUGAGCGCAUUCCCGAUGUCUCUCGAUAGUGGUAAAUCGUCUCCUUAUCUUGCUGACAAAUCGCAGGAGUCCAGUGCAAAAUCGGUCAGUCCGCAACAGGACAAAGACUCGCUCGACGAGAGCUCCACAUCGUUCAACACAUUCAUUGAGAAGGAUAGCUUAUCGGAAAAGACCCAACAGCAGCAACACAUUUCUAUUCGCAUGAAUACAACUGGCGAAGCAAUAACAACUGAAACUACCGCAACCACAACUGAGAGAAUUGCAGACGAAUUGCUCUUUGCUGGUAAUAAAACACCACCGACUGCUCCAAUUAGUCCGAACGUUGCAGCAAAAGAUGGUAUGAGUAUAACCCAAACUCAUUGCGAGUCUUCAACUCUGUCUAGCUCGACGUCUGUUGCAUCAGCGACAAUGACACUGGCGAGUACUGCUAUGACGACUGCGCCGACUGGUCCGACUGCGCCAAAGGACGAUGCAUCUGGUAUUUCAACACCUAAAGAGUCUGUACCAUCUGGCAAGUCGAGCCCGGGGCUGAUGUCCGUGCACACGCAGGGUAGUACGGACAGUGCUUCCAAAUCGAUCAACUUGGGCCACAGCAGUUCAGGUAUUGAGACAUCAGAUUCAUCGCCAAAGCCAACAUCGCCCUUCCCGAAGGUGGUCGUCGACACGCUAAAACUUGCGGACGAGGCAAAGACCACCUCCGGCAUGAGCACACCGGACAUGACGCGUUCCUCAACGCCAGACAUGGUCGACUCACAGAUCGAGCGCAUUGCCACUACGACAGCGAGCGGGGAGAAGAGCGACUCUCAAACUACUGUUACGACUACGACGACGACGACAAAGACCACGACGUACAUCAUUAAGGAUGGACAAAAGAUUGAGGUCGACAGCAACGUGCAUAGUGACACAGUUAGCAAAACGGAAACACAGCAACCCGAUGCUUCUGCCGUCCCCUCCGGUGGAGUAUCGUCCACCACCACAACAACUUACAUUGUGAAAGAAGAUGGACAAAAGAUCGAAGUGGACAGCAGCCAACACGCCGAUCAGAUGUCGCAAUCGAUCGUUUCCAUCAAAGCCUCGGCUCCUACCCAGCUAACGCUGGCCGGUACCGAGGAGCGCAGUUUCGCCGAGGACUACGAUGAAAAGGAUGUGCUAUCACCGCGAUCCGACAUUUCCUCUGGACAGGCAUCCCGCAUUGUGGCCGGAUGGCACGACGAGGAUGUACCUGGCUCGCCGAUGAGCGUCACUUCGCAAGCUCCACUGUCUCCCAGCACUAAAUACACCUACGACUACGACCUGCAGCAUUCGAGCUCGGGUGUGAGCAAAAAAUCUGACAUUGAAAUUGACCAGGACAGCCAGGACGACGUCGUUCCGCCGCAGUACGGCAGCGAGGAAGCGAAAUCGGCCAUUCCCAUCACUUCCAGCUACAAAGCAGACCCAAUGAGCACCUCGUUUUACGGCCAGCUGCCAGAAGUUCCGUCAAUGACCAUGGCCUCAAGCACCACUCGUUCGAUCCCGAUUCCGAUUACCGGUACCGCUAAAGGCUUUUCCAAACCGUACGUAGAGUAUGCGUCCAGUGGCGACAGCAGUGUCGAUUCCAGCCACAAGCCAUCGAUGACGGGUGACCGCAAGUAUCUGGACGAGGCAGAUCUUGACUUUGAAAAAGCAUUCAGCAGCGCCAGCAGCACCAAGAUGGACGAUCUGAUGACGACGUCAAUGCACUUUUCGAGCGAGAAAGAGUUUAUGGCCGCUACAUCCACUAUCGCUGCCAGUAUGGCCCAGGCGCAAAAGAUGGAAAUGGAUUUCACUUCAACCGGACUUCCGUCGUCGGUGACGACCACUGUCACGGGAGCACAGCCGAGUGCAGCUGUCGCCACUCCGUCUCAGCUCCCGCCAGCACAACCACAAGCGCAAUCACAAUCAACUCAACCACAAUCAACUACCCAGCCGGCCGGACAGUCCACAAGUACGACUACGGCCGAAGCGAAGAGCGUGCUCGAUUCAUGGGGCAAACCACUGGGACUUCCAUCGCCAGCGCCCAUGACAGCCGAUGAUAACAAGACGACGCCGAAGAAGGAACGCCGCAUGCUGAUGAGCAAAACGAAGCUGAACAACGAGAAGAACCUCCGCAAGCGAGCCGAAUCUCCUACCAAAGCAUCUGCGAAAAAGUGUACCACUCCUGUCUACGUUGACCUGUCAUACGUGCCACAUCACGGCAACUCGUACUACGCGAACGUCGAGUUCUUCAAGCGAGUGCGUGCCCGAUACUACGUUUUCUCCGGUACGGAACCGAGCCGGGAGGUGUACAAUGCCCUGCUGGAGGCCAAACAAACCUGGGAAGAUAAAGAAUUAGAGGUAACUAUCAUUCCAACGUACGACACCGAUGUGCUUGGCUACUGGGUUUCGGAGAACGAGGAACUGCUCGCCAAGUAUCACAUCGAUCUGUCUCCAAGCGCGGCACGGUGUACAAUCAAUCUGCAGGAUCACGAGACGUCCUGUUCAGCCUAUCGGCUCGAGUUCUAGGCACCGGGGCGGAUCAUAGCAUUCACCGGCCAGACCAUGGACGAUGUGGAUGUGGACACCCAGCAAUAGCAGUAGCAGCAUCAUCAGUACCAAGUUAUGCGCUGGCUUUCCCUUCCGUACCAUCUUUUAGGCGGAGGAGAUGAAGAAAGCUGGCCAACGUGAGUAGACACACUUUAGUUCGGUUCUUUGUACCGCAAAGACCUGCCGAUUGAUCGAUUGCACUCGUUCAAUUGUUAGUUGUACGUAUCUAGUCCUAGCGAGCGCAUCCUGGAAAUGCAGCUAUGUUAAGUUACAAUUAGACAUUUUCCUCCAACGGAAAGGUAUAGAACGAAAAGGAAUGGAAACAAGACUCAGCGUCAGCUAAAGCAAGAGGUUUUUAGAUAGAACACGACCGAGCGAACCCAAGCGGUGGAAAGGAAUAGCAGGGAAACAAGAUAAUUUAAACGAAGAGCUUACUUUGUAGAGCAGACCCUUUAUCCCGCACACGCAGUGGCGCAUUUGUUCUUGAGCUUCCGGCUAGAAGACGCCUAGUUUAGGGAUGAUACAAAUAGAACGCAAGAAGUGUCCGUAAUGAGACAAACGAUAGUCUACCUGAAUUUUUUGAAUCUCCCUUUUGAAUCCUACAGACACUGCUUCUUUCUCUCUCAUCCAACGUUCCGACGGCGAGAGGCAAACACUUUUUCUUCCGCCAUAGCUUAGGCCGCUGUCAAUCGCCAUGCACCGGUACAACAUUGCAAGGGGUUUUGCACCCUGUAGUUAGUUGUGAUAAAGUUUACUUGUUGAUUGAGCAAAAUUACUCCACAUGCUAAGUUGCAAUGUCAUAUACCAGAGAACAGAACGGCUUCUGACCGUGGAGGUUACACCUUCGUUGCACAGUCGUACCCGUUGGCAACUCGUCUGAAUACGUGCACAGCCGGGCACACACAGCAAAGGGUGGCAGCAUUGGGGAGAUACAAACGCACAACAUCCGUCUAAAGUCUACACCCAUACCGAUGAUAAUCGUAUAUCGCAACCAAAUCGAUCGUCGUUCACUAGAUCUGCAUCAGACAAAUGCAACUGUUAACGUACGUACAACAUGCAGCACCGUCAGGCAAUCGUUACAUUGCACCAAUUACUAAUUCCAAGAAGAGGUAUGGCCGAGUUCGUGCCAUACCGGACGAUACAUAACGGGUCGGUUCAUCAGGGAGCAUAAACAGGAGCGAGGAUGAGUUUUUGGCAUGGCCAUUCCUGGGAUUGCUGUUCUUUUUUAGGAUUGCAAGGUAGUCAAACAAGCAAAGCAUAUACGCAAUGCCAAUUUGGAAGAUGGUCGAAACAUACGGGAGUUGGUUGAGAAGGGAUUUUUUGCUUUUCGGAGACUGUGGUUACAAUACAAAACUUUUAUACACCAGCUUACAAAAUCAUCAUCACCUCCAGUGCAACACAGACGGCUUGCCGUCUUGAUCGCCUAAAGUACCCAGCAAUGGAAUCCACCCAGUAACAGAGGAUAGGUAAACUGUGUUUAGGUAGGUAGAUAACGUAUCUUACACAUCUUAUGAGAAUCGAAGCGAAGACGAUCGCUCACUGUAAGACGUCCACUACAGACUGGAGAAACACUUCACACGUCUCCCUUUCAGCGAACACAAAAAUCACAUUGACACACGUCAGCCACAAUGCGUAGAGAAAGCCCAAGUGUGCCCAAGCGGCGUUUGCCAUAUUUCGGGGGAGUUGCCAACGCUGCGAACUGCAGCGAAAAAGGUGUAAAAACAACUUAAGGACGACAAAUAUCCCCAAAAAUAUCAAAGUUGCGCGCACCACGUAUAACCGAUGAGCUUUGAUGCGGACAGGAGAGUCUAUUUACUUAAAUCACUAAUGUUGUUGAUCGUACACGUCAAACUUUCGUGGCACAAAGAUAAACUAAACAUUCCUUAUGCUAUAGCGACUCAGUGUGCGCGGUGUGAUCCUUCAGGCACGCGUGCGUUUGUUUGUAUAGGUCUGUGGGCCAGUGGAUGAUCCAGAGAGAGGCAUGAUAGUUAUAUUUUUCUAUAUCACCUCUCUCUCUCUCUCUCCCUCUCUAACACACAAAAACGUGCGUUAUAUGAAAAGCACGAGCAGCACUGGCCCACAUGGAAUGGACAACAGACCGAAUGGAUGAAUUACUACUUAAAGGCAACACACACUUUUCCAUAAUGCAAUUUCGUCAUCUAAAUAAAUGAACAUCAUUUAUCACCACAGCUGAACUAUAUGAGCGAUUGAUUAUAGCAAACAAGAGGAUAAACAAAACUCUAUUUAUCUAAAUAUAGUCUGAACAAAAGACGAUUUAAGAGAGAAAGAGAGAGAAAAAGAGAGAUGAAAAACAACAAACCAAGAUGUACCAUGUUACUACAUUUAAUCUUCCUUAGAGCAAAGUGAAUAUUACCAAAUCAAGCAGAAAAAGGGGCGCCAAAUAUGCCACAAGAAUGUUGUUGUUGAAUGAAUGCCUAUAGUACAUUUCAGGGCGGUGGGUGGGUGGUGUGAGAGUUGAAUAGAUCGUAAAUCAAAUUUUCCUAUACUUCAUCGAGAUGCACGCUCACAAAGCGCGAUACUAAAUCCCAAAAUUGUUCAUGGAACGUGUUAUCCCUGUGAAAGAAACUUUCAGCUAUAGUUAAAAACAAAGGCAAACACAAACCAAUAGGAAACAUAGGCAGGCCACGCAUUUAAUGCAUCAAAGAAGAUCGGAGCCUAUACAUACAGGAGAUAAAGGGGGGGGAAACGUAUUUAACACACUUCACACACGAGUUGAUAAUGAUGAUAAUGAUAGCGAUAUAAGCCCAUGAGACAGUUCAAAUGAAGCAACUUGCGAACAACAAAACAUUUAAACAACACAACGUGCAGCAGCGGCACGAAACCGCAAGGCUACGUGCGGGGCGAAAGGGAACGAAAGAAACCGAAACACAAGACGAAUGUUCAACUAAUAAAUGUAUUAUUUGUUAGCACGAGAGAAAUGCGCUCCAGCAGCAGCAUUAGCCGAUCGAUUUGUGUUACAAGCGGCGGUGUUAAUUAAUGAAUAAAAUACACUAUAUAACGAUGUUUAGUUUCGAUGGCUGUUUAGCAAAAAAACAAAGCAAAACAACACACACACACACACACACACACACACACAUAUACAACACACACGUAACAUUGACGUGCAUCUACAAAUGCGUACUCGUAUAUUUAAAAACAACUCAUCCCACACUCAUCAAAACUGCAGAAAUCAGAACAAAUGAACGAUAUUUUACAAGUGCGAAAAGGGGGAGAGUAAUGCUUUAAAGCCAAAACAAGAAUGUGGGGGAGAGAUAAAACGUAACCGAACCGUGGUCGUCAUCGUGACAGACUCAGACAGAACAGCGUCCCGUUGAAGGAAGGAGACGGAAGGGGAGCAAAGAUAGGAGCAAAAUUUGUCGAUUUUUAUAUGCCAAUUUUAAGCUUUUAUAUUAGCCACCAAACAGACAGAGAAUUAAACAAAACAAAACAAAAAAAGAUACAUUUUCACCCCGCGUAAUAGAGACGGCCGUAGAAAACGUCGGCCCUAGUAACCUCUCUCAGUGAAGAAAUGCUUGUGAUUUCUGACUCCGGCCACAAACCGGGCACGCCGCUGAAUGUGACGAAAAUUUACUAUUUGCCAAUAGCAUUGCACGGAUAUUAGGAUAGGGUCUUCAGAAUCAACGUCUGCUUAUUGGUAGCGAGGGAAAGGAGACGCGGGAGAAGUAGAAAGAGCAAAAACGGCUGCCGGCUCCUAUCGGUGGCCAAACCACCGCCAAUGCUGAUAUGAUACUGUGGCCAAUCAAAAUGCAAAGUGCUUUGCCGCUUAGUGGAUAUCAUUGUUUUGCUGCGUGCGUGUGACGCGUGUACGCUCCUCAGCCGACGUUGUGUUACGUAUCACCUUUUACGAUAGCGGUAGCGAAUGUUUUCCUGAUUUGCCUUAGCUUGUGCGCCGACGAGCCAUUUGACCGACCAUUUGGAGGGUUCUUAUUACUGUUAGUAUUAGUGAGCAUUUGUCUGUUAAUGAAUUGGUUCCCAUUUUUGCUUUGGUUUACGCUUACGCGGGGUAAGUUUGGUAUUGCGACGUGAGUAUGAGUGGGAGUGUUCUUGUAUGUUUUGGGUGCUAUGUACCGGAAAUGCCUUCUAGGAUGGAUAGGAAGUGAACGCGACGCAAUGCGUGCGACAGAGAAGCAGGGAGUGAGGGAGAGGAGUAUCAUAUGUAAGGAUCCCCCCGAGGACGAACCAUGGAAGGGCUGUGCGACUGUGUGGGGUGUGACAAGGCAAACAUAAUGACGAUUGAGCAGUACGACGACGAAUUCGUGGAACGAACAGGUGAUACUGUUACGAAACUAGAAUAUACUGAGGGCCUAGGAUAAUGUUCAGCUUUCUUUUAUAGCCACCAAUCCCCGUACUGCAGCAAGAUAGACUAUGCAAAUGUACUAUCCAUACUUUGGUUUUACCUCUAAGGUUUACCAUGCGUUAGGUGCUAGACUGUUAAGUUAUGGUAUCUAGAUUUCGGUAUUGAUUUGUAGACAUUAAAAUUGCCCAGCAAGAACGGCUUUUGUAUUAUAUGUUUGCUUGCAUCUCUAACUUAUAUAUCAUAUCCUACUUUCGAAAAGACAAGAAGCAUGUAUGGCUGUAUGCAGUAUUUGCAUACAAAAAACGGGCAAAAAGAAGCUUUUGACAUUUGAUGACUAAAAACCAGUCGGACGGAAUUUGACUGAAAGUAUUCACAAGACACGCAACGUUUGGAAUGAGGCAGGACAGGAAUGUGGAAUUGACACAAACACACACAGAAGUUGAACGAUAAUGGAAAUUAAAUGAAUCUACAUUCUACACAAUAAACAGACACAUGCACACAUUCUGAUACUAUAAUACUAAAAAAAAAAGAGUUAUCAUUAAUGCUGAGAUCACAUUGGUUGAGAUCUCUAGUAGCAAGAAGAAAACCCUAUACUUUUAGCUUCAUCUAGUCAGUUAAUUGAAUGUUUCAUCAGUUUUUGAAAGUAAACAAAAAAGAAAUAAUAAAGACAAGAGGCAAACAACAAAACAAAUACUAUGUACUCAUACAUACAUACACAUAAAGCAGCCGUACUACAGGCUGGACCCAACUAACCCGAUUGGAGAAAAGAAAUACUUAAGACCACUACAGAUGAGCGAUAAAAAGAUGGGCGUAUCAUAUUUCGACUGCAAAGAAGCUACGACCCUUUUCGGCGUGAUGUUUUUUUAAAUGAAAAUCCAAUAUGAAGGCGGGUCGUUUGGGAGGAUUACAACGUACAUUAACAAUGAAAGACAGCUUGAGGAACGUGAGACAUGGACGGGAUCGAAAAACGCGACCCAGACGAAAUGUAUUCUGCUGCUUACCAAUACAUCAAUUGUACGAAUAAUAUGCACCACUGUCAUCUCAAUGCGCAAAAUAGGCACCCAGAAGAGCAGAUUGCGGAAAACAAUGCAUUGCUUACGCGUCUGAAGAAAAAUACGUCCGUUCUUUACGCCAGAGAGAAAGAGAGAGGGGGAUAGGAACAUAACAGAGCAUGAGAACGAGCAAAAGCUGAAGAAUUUCCACAUUACCAAACCAAUUUAACGAUACAAAAACAGAAAACAAAACAAAGAGACAAACAAAACUAUUAACCUAUUAUUAUGAUGUAUGGUGAAAUCAAUAAAAAUGAAUAAAAUUCAAUAAAAACUAUAAAAUCUA